AUGCUGGCCUCCGCGAGCCCGCUGCUGCGCCGCGGCGCCGCCGCCGGCGCCGCGCUCGUCGCGGCGGCCGCCUACACGGGCAACGAGUACCGCGAGUGGCUGGCCCUGCGCGACGACGCCGUCGUCGCCGAGAAGGACCUGCCGCCGACGCGCGUCGCGCAGCGGAGCCGCGUCGUCUCCGCGCCCGGCGCGCUGUCGGCCGCGGCGCUCGCCAAGAUCGAGGCCUGGCACCGGGACCACGAGCGGUCCCUGGGCUCGACGGGGCGCACGGAGUCCAACGGGUCCGCGGCGUUCAAGACGGGCGCGUGGGAGACCAGUUUUUUGCACACCGGCGGCCUUUUCCACCGCGACUGCUCCGACGUGCUCGAGACCCUGAAAGCCGCCGUGCUCCGCGCCGACGCGGCCACGCAGCAGCCCCUGCUCGCGCAGAACGGCGGGCCUAUCGACGCCGGCGAGCUCCAGCCGCGGACGAUCGAGCGCCACACGGUCCGGCCCGGCGGCUCGCUGCCGUACCCGGAGCACCACGACGCGGGCAGCGUCUACACCAUCGACGUGCUGCUCGUCGACCCGGACGAGUUCGGCGGCGGCGACUUCUCGACGCUCGAGGCCGACGGGACCAUGCGGGAGCACCGCUUCGGCGCGGCGGGCGACGCGUUCGUGUUCCAGAGCCACAAGUACCACUGCGUCGCGCCCGUGACGCGCGGCGAGCGGCGGGUACUCGUCGUCGAGUUCUGGAUCGGCGAGGCGCGGACCUGCGCGCACCGGUGCGAGCACCACUUCGCGCCCUGCGACUACACGGCGACGGAGUCCUUCUGGCGCCGCGCGCUCGCGAACAUCGCCGGAGGCACCGUCGGCGGGGGCGAUUUUUAA